UCAAAUGAAACAAACUGCUGGCUUCACCCUUGGAUUCUACUAACCCCCUUAUCACAAAAUCAUCCAUUCUCCUCAUCCUCCAAAAGCAAACCCAUUAAUAAGCUUGUCUUUCUUCUCUCAAAUUUCCACACUAUUAAUCAGCAAUGCUUUCUCCAAUUCUCUCUUCUCCUUCAUCCUCUUCCACUCCCACUUCCCAAUUUCCUCAUUCUUUCCAUUCUUCAUUUUCAUUUUUAACUAAACCCCUACACUUACCCUUUACUGUAUCCUAUAAAACAGCUAAAAAACCAACAACCAACUAUUCAUUUAAAGUUCAAGCAAUGAUUGAGAAAGAAGUAGCUGAAUCCCAAAAGCCAGAUACGUUUCUUCGAGAAUCGGAUAUGGGGUCUAAUGUUACUUCAAAUUCGAGUUCCGUUAGAGGUCGAUUUGAGAAAAUGAUAAGAGAAGCUCAAGACAGUGUUUGUUUGGCAAUAGAAAAAGCGGACGGAGGAGCAAAGUUUAAGGAAGAUGUUUGGUCAAGGCCUGGUGGCGGCGGUGGAAUUAGUAGGGUUUUGCAAGAUGGGGCUGUUUUUGAGAAGGCUGGUGUUAAUGUUUCUGUUGUUUAUGGUGUUAUGCCUCCUGAAGCUUAUCGGGCUGCUAGACCCACUGAUAAUGGGAAUGUCAAGCCCGGUCCUAUCCCCUUUUUUGCUGCUGGAGUUAGCUCUGUGCUGCAUCCAAAAAAUCCAUUUGCACCAACUUUACAUUUUAAUUAUCGUUACUUUGAGACUGAUGCGCCAAAAGAUGCACCAGGAGCACCAAGGCAAUGGUGGUUUGGUGGUGGUACUGACCUUACACCUGCUUACAUUUUCGAGGAGGAUGUGAAGCACUUCCAUUCGGUUCAAAAAGCUGCUUGUGAUAAAUUUGAUGCUAGCUUCUACCCUCGGUUUAAGAAAUGGUGUGAUGACUAUUUCUAUAUUAAGCAUCGUGAUGAGAGGCGAGGUCUUGGAGGAAUUUUCUUUGAUGAUCUGAACGACUACGAUCAAGAAAUGCUUCUUUCCUUUUCUACAGAGUGUGCAAACUCCGUCAUUCCAGCAUAUAUACCUAUCAUAGAGAAGAGGAAGGAUACCCCUUUCACGGACGAACACAAAGCAUGGCAACAACUACGAAGGGGCCGCUAUGUGGAAUUCAACUUGGUUUAUGACCGUGGAACUACAUUUGGUCUCAAGACAGGAGGCAGGAUCGAGAGCAUUCUUGUAUCUCUUCCAUUAACAGCACGAUGGGAGUAUGACCAUAAACCAGAAGAAGGGACUGAAGAAUGGAAACUCUUGGAUGCUUGUAUCAACCCUAAAGAAUGGAUCUGAUAGUUAUCAAAUCGAUGUAAAAGUUUGCCCGUGUUGGUCUUAUGUUAUUUUACCUUCUGCUAUCAAAACUCAUUCCUUAUGAUUUCUUUUGUUCUUUUUGUUGUGUUGGAGGCACCGGGAAGGUCGGGAAUUUGCUGAUGUAGAUUUUUUUUAGGAUUCUUAGUUGUAUAACAGGAUUGCAUUUAGCCUAAUAUGAUAGAGAGAAAAUUUCUUAUUUGAGUCGUGUAUCUUAUUCUUAACUUUUCAAUUCCACUAUCUGUACCUGUUAUUGUAGCAAUUGCGGGCAGGAGAAAAUGUAUGAAGUUUCGGUUAUCUUUU